ACACCACACACACAUCGCACGCGCGCAUUUCCAUUGUACAUUUCUUGCUUCGUACACGGUUGCCAACCUACUAUUAUGUUUCGCGUGAAUGGCAGCUUGAAAGAAGCCACUCCUGAACAGUUAUUUUCCGUGAACAAAGACGGUACCUAUACCAAUUUCUUCUUUUUUAUAUCAAUUUCAUCGCCAACUCAUUGCAUUCGCUUUUGUCCGUUUGUUUCCUUUUUGGACGCACGGCGGUCUUAAUUGGCUAUAUCAGGAGCAAUAGGAAGAGAUUCUAUUAUUGCCAAGAUAUUACAUUUUUAUUCUUUUUGUUUCAGGUAUGGUCCAUAAAUUCACCGACUCUAUAGAAUUUCUCUACGUCGAAGAGACAAGGACCGACGCGAUCGAUGAGGUAUCUCGAUCACUCGGGGAUAUAUUCGAGGGAGAUCCGAGGAGAGUAUGGGCCGCAGUGCGUUAUCAACGUGCCUUGGCCGCAACGUUUCCGCGCACGGACAAUUGGACGAAACACAAUCGUGGUCGAAUAUCAUGCAUAACCAGCCCGCACGUCGACUGUCAUCAACAUUGUUGCGGUGCGAUGUCUAUCUGGAGGGUCGACGAAGUGAAUGGACAGGAUGUUUCAAACUCUAGUCACGAGGAUGCUGUACGCUGCUUCCAGUCGGCUCAAGAGCCAAUUAUUGUUGAGGUCCUCCGUCGACAACCCAGCGGACAUCAACAAGUACUUCACACUACCUCAAAAGAGCCUGAAAGGAUUACAUGUCAAGAUAAAAAUGAAGGAACAAUGAACGAGAAGGGCGUGGCAGAUGAUCAAAUGUAUAACGAUGAUAUCAAGAAAGAUAAUUCGACGUGUUCCUUAGUGUCGACUGGGGUUCAAACGGAUUGGGCUGGUCUCAUAGAGGAGGAAGAAUUACUUUCGGUUCCUCUCGUCGAAGAACAAGCGAACGAUAGUUUUGAAGAUUUUCUCGCUCAUGAUAUUGACUUUGAGGAGGUGACAUUGCAGAAAAGCGGAAGUGCCGAGAAGCUUGGAUUGACGGUAUGCUAUAGCUCCGGUUCUGGCAGCGAAGAUGCCGACACUGAGGUUUACAUUUCGGAAAUAGUUCCUGAAAGUCUUGCAGCUCGGGAUGGUCGGUUGCGAGAAGGAGAUCAAAUCUUGCGGGUCAAUGGCAAGGAUGUUGCGAACAAGGAACAGACUGAAUUAUUCGCAGAGACAAAGAACGCAGUGACAAUUCUCGUCAGCCGAUGUGUAUAUCAAGACGAUGAAUAUGAUGACAGGCGCAUUUAUCAUCAGAAUUCGCCUCUACCUUCGCCCGAAAACGUACCAGCCUAUCAGAAUAGCAUGAUCGAGCAAUUGAUUCGUCAACAACAGCAGCAAACGGAAGAGUGUGCCAAAGAGAGCGAAGUAAACAAUUGCAUUUUAAAAGCGCCUCCACCCAUACCAUCUCAUACUCAUCAGCAACAGCAGCAAUCCGUCAACAUUUUUUCCACAAACUCAUCAUCCACGUGCUCGUCACAAAACUCACAUAAGUCUGGCAAGAAUGCAACCUCACCGGCACACACGGAGGAGCGUAACAAACAAUGGAUGCAAGAAUCAUUAAAGGAUUGUUCGAAGAGGCUCGAAAGUAUAUCACUACGCGGCCAACAAUCUGGUCCGCCAGCGGCGACACCACCAUCAGUAAAACUCAUCGAAGCGUAUUCGAACCAUGUGUGGAGCGAUAUCGAACAUAUCUAUGAAACGAUACCAGAAUCAGACAGCGAACCGAUCUAUUCGUCACCAUACGAACACCAUCAACAACAUUGGAUGCAGCAGGCAAAUCAUGUUAUUGCCUCGACAACACAGUUACAGCAUAUUGGUACCACGCAAAAUCAUCUCGCUGGUGGACAGCAGAUUCAGAAAUGGCAUUCUUCUUCGAAAAGCAACAGCUCUGGCGAAGAAAAAGACAGUUCGAGUGCUUAUAACACCGGCGAAUCUUGUCAUAGCAAUCCUUUAACUCUAGAAUUACAUCAAGGUGAGAGGGAUCAUCACAAAAGUACAUUGGUGUUAUGUCCGCCGAAAACAUCGCAGCAACAACAGCAGAAAUUGCUCGGUUGCAAUUGUCCCAUGCCGAGCGCGACAUCCGUGAUAACAAGACAAUCGUCGAAGAAUCAGAGCAUAAGGAAGGGUUCGCAUCAUCAUAGAGAUCGUAAUGAGUCUUUGUCGGUAAAUGUUAAUACGCUGCCAGCUGAUACUAUGUACACGAACGUGGCAAAUCUACAGCAGACAAUGAUGUUACAACAACAAUUAUUCAAGCAAGCACUCAACCGUAAGACUCUCACGACAUCUAGGGAAACGGCGAGCGGUACAAGAAAGUCUAAGUCACAUGGCAAUUUCCAAGCACCAAAUCUCACACAAUACCAAUUUGUCAGUAGCCAACAAGUAUGCACAUCCACGUGUGUACCACCGGAAGACAAAAGCGAGGUACAGAUGGAAUGGAAAGUAAAAAGAAGAGCAGAUGGAACAAGAUACAUCGCUAGGCGCCCUGUUAGAAAUCGGAUACUUCGAAAUCGAGCGAUUAAGAUAACUGAAGAGAGAGCCGGUCAUACUACUGAAGACGAUACUAUGUCAGAAAUGAAAAUCGGACGAUAUUGGAGUAAAGAGGAGCGUAAACGGCAAUUAGACCGCGCACGCGAACGCAAACAACGACAGCAAGAGGUAAUAGUGCAACAGCAGCAGCAACAACAACAACAACAACAACAGACUAACGAUCAACUAAUAUGCGAACAUAUAGAAGACAAAGUGUUAAAGAAGCCAUUGACUAUCGUUGAGCUGAGUCACAAGAAAAUGGCGCGUAAAAAAACCACUCUGGACGAUUUCACCACUGUACAAGAAAUGUUGGUUCAUGGAAACAGAGUGGGUGCAGGUGGGCCUGGCACAGGAGGAAAAUUAACGGGCCUUCUGUCGGUUACUACGGUGUAAGCUAUAUCCAUUGCGUAUUCUCAGUUCAUCAAAGUUGAUUGUUGAUCAUAGACUUCUAUGUGUUACUAGACUGUUAACUAUAUACAUACAUAUACAUACAUAUACA